GGGUGCCUGCCGCUUGGGCUGUCGGAUUACAUGGGAGAGAUAUUUGUCCUUAAGAACAUCUAUUUUGUUGCUGCAAAGACUGUUAACGUUGAUGACUUCAGUGGCUAAACUUUCUUAAGGUAGAGAGAGUUGUUUUCUGCAUAGGCUCGAGUUAUCCUUCUCUCUGAUUGCUGCAGGCUCUACCUUUCUAGCUGCAGGCAUGCCGCGGGGUCGGAAGAGUAGGCGCCGCCGUAAUGCUAGGGCCGCAGAAGAGAACCGCAACAAUCGCAAAAUCCAGGCCUCAGAAAUCUCUGAGAUCCCUUCGACUGUCUCUCUGGUCCCGAGCACACCUAAGGAUGAUCUGAGCAGCCCAGAAGACGACCCCGGCACUCCAGAGGAAACCCCCAGCACCCUGGAGAUCUCAAGCAUUACACAAGCACAAAAGCCCUCGGUAGCCCGGAGCAAUUUUCAAGGCACCAAGAAGAGUCUUCUGAUGUCCAUAUUGGCCCUGAUCUUCAUCAUGGGUAACAGCGCCAAGGAGGCCCUGGUCUGGAAAGUGCUUGGGAAGUUGGGGAUGCAGCCUGGCCGUCAGCACAGCAUCUUUGGAGAUCCGAAGAAGGUCGUCACAGAAGAGUUUGUGCGAAGAGGGUACCUGAUUUAUAAGCCAGUGCCUCGUAGCAGCCCCGUGGAGUAUGAGUUCUUCUGGGGACCUAGAGCACACGUGGAAUCCAGCAAGCUGAAAGUCAUGCAUUUUGUGGCAAGAGUUCGUAACCGGUGUUCCAGGGACUGGCCAUGUAAUUAUGACUGGGAUUCGGAUGAUGACGCAGAAGUUGAAGCCAUCCUCAAUUCAGGUGCUAGGGGUUACUCCACCUCUUAGGGAAAUCUGGGUCAAAACCUUAGGGGAGGUUGGAAAGAGCAUCUGUGGUACCCAAGGAGUAGAUCAUGAGUCCUAUGUUGAAAAUGACUGGGAAGUCCGGGGUGGGGGGGGUUGUAUAUCAAGGGCAUUGUAUUUGGUAAUUAUGAUCAGUGCUAAUGGAAUAGAGCAUUUUCUUUGGCUACUGUAAAUCUUUAUUAAUUUUAGUACACUAUUAAUGUCACAACAGUAUAAAUUUGAUCUAAGAAGAUAUUUUUGUUUGUAACGGAAUUUAGUAUAACAGUGUGGUGAACAUUAUGAAAUUAAAUAUGUACAUCAGAAUUUGUGAUCUGCUACAUAUCUUAUGUCACAGAAUAUAGUCUAUACAUUGAAAGUUUGAAUUAAGCAGAAUAUGUGAGAGAAGGAAAGACAUUUGAUUAUAUUAUAAAUAUUUGAUUUAUAUCAAACAUUUCUGAAAAACUUUUGUCUGCUAUUGUGUAAAGAACAUGUAUUUCCUGUGAUGUGGAUUAGUUAUUGAAGCA